AUAAAUAAAUGUAGAGAAGCAAGUAAAAUGCAUCCCAAGUGAAGACAAGUGCAGCCAGCAGGUGAGAAGCUUCCCUCGGGAGUGAGAGAAAAGAGAGAGUUUCGUGAAGAGAGAGAGAGAGAGAGAGAGGGAGAAAAAGGGGGGGUCUUCUCAGUCCAACAGUAACUUUUUCAAAUCCUUUUCAAAAAAAAUAAAAUAAAAAUGGAUGUCACAAACUCAAGUGAGAUUCACACGGAAUCUGAAAUCGAGUAUGACAGAAAAAGCCAACUGAAAGCGUUUGAUGAAUCAAAAACUGGGGUAAAAGGACUUGUAGAUGCUGGAGUUAAAAAAAUCCCAAGGAUUUUCAUCCAUGAAAAGAACAAGCUUGACGAAGAAGAAGAAGAUGGGUUUUCUCAUGGGGUCUCCGAUUUCUCUAUUCCAGUAAUAAACUUGGAGGGCAUGAAUGUUUAUGGAAGCUUACGCAAUGGAAUAGUGAAGAAAGUUGGAGAAGCAAGCAAGAAUUGGGGUGUCUUUCUAGUUGUGAACCAUGGGAUUUCGUCGAACACUUUGGAUGCAAUGAUUGAAGGUGUUCGUGGAUUUCAUGAGCAGGAUAAUGAGGUAAAGAAGAAGUCCUACUCACGUGAAUAUGGAUCAAGAGCCUUCACAUACAACAGCAAUUAUCAUUUGUAUGAUAACCCUGCUACUUACUGGGUCGACUCCAUGCAUUGUUCUAUGCUCCCUACUCCACCCAAUCCCCAAGAAUUGCCCCAAGCAUGCAGGGAUAUAAUGAUUGAGUACUCGGAGAAAAUAACGAGAUUGGGAUUUAGUAUAUUAGAGUUGCUAUCAGAAGCUCUUGGGCUGAAUCCAAAUAAGCUGAGAGAUAAGGAUUGUGGAAGAGCACUUUUUCUUGUGGGCCAUUACUACCCAGCUUGCCCUGAACCAAAUUUAACAUUUGGGAGUGGUAAGCAUACUGAUAAAACUGCCUUCACUUUGCUACUGCAAGACCAAUCUGGUGGACUUCAAGUCCUCCAUGAAAAACAAUGGGUCAAUGUUGCACCUAUACCAGGAGCUCUCAUUGUAAUUCUGGGAGAUAUGAUGCAGCAAGUUUACACUAUUAAACGCUAUAGUUAAUUUUAGCUUGUUUGGAGUAAUAAUUGUAUCAGAUUUGUUGAAAUUGUAUGGUUGUUGUUGUUGUUUUGGUGCAGCUAAUUACCAACAAUAAGUUCAAAAGUGCGUACCACAGGGUACUGGCAAAGAAAGUAGGGCCAAGAAUCUCUUGUGGUAGUUUUUUUAGGCCAGAUUUUCUAAACGAAACCAAUCUCCAAGUGAAUGGACCAAUCAAGGAGUUACUUUGAGAAGAAAACCCACCAGUGCACAAAGAUACCUCUUAAAAAUUAUCUCACUCAUUUAUUCUCCAAAGGAUAUCUCACCUAGCUUUCCUCCCUUCAAAGUGCAUUUGUUAGAUCAAUUCCCCGAGUCACUAGAAAGAGGAUGAAAGAGCUACCACUUCCUCAUUCAUGGCCUAUUUUUCUGAUUGAUACCCCCCAUUCGACCUAAGGCAAAAGAGAAGUUGUACAAAUAAAGGUUCUUUCAUGCAAUGCAUAAAGAGAGCUCUUUAUGUGGUCUCACUUUAACACCAUCUGAAAUGCACGAAACUUUGAUUGGCGGGAAAUUCUUUAAAAUUGUGAAGCUUUUGUUUGUUGUGUGUUGAAGUUCAAUUGGAAUGUUGGACCGUAUUUGGAUUUGAUUGGAUUAUUUUAAAUUCCGCCCAGUAAAAAUUGAAGUUGUCCAGUAGUUCAACAUUCCAAAUGGGCAUUAGUGGUCUUGGGCUAGGCGAUUUCAAGCUCUGAAGCUGACCAUCUCCCCAAACAAUAAAUCUGAUGUUUCCAUCUACACUUCUUGGAACUGGUGAAAAUUGGGAGUUGAUGAAGACUAUCAGUGCUACUGAAUACUUGAAUUAUGAAGCAGGUCAAGGAUAUGGUUCCAUUAUACCUGAUGCUCCUCCACUGAGGGAUUAGACUCUAAGACAAAGAAAUUAGCUGAUGAUGUUGGUAAAAAUGUAAUGGAGUAUGUAGAAGCAAUGGCAAAGGUAGUUGAUAUACUGGGUUGUAUGUUGUCUGCAACUAUAAGUCAAAGCUUCUUUUUUCCUUCCCAUCUGCUUUUUGUUUCUUAUGCAUUUGCAUGGACCUUAUUUCUUUGUAUUAUGUAGGUCAAACUAAAGAAGGGACUGAAAUCCGCCAUGAAGAUUUCAACUGCAUGAAAUGUUUAUCUGGCAGUAAGCUUUGAACUUCUUUUAUAGCUAAUAUAAAGAGAGCCUUGUUUAGUUCUUUUAUAGCUCAUAUAUUUAUAGCGAGAGAAAGAGAGAGUUGUCUGGUAUAUAUCUACUUGAUACGUUUAAUUCACAAAUCUACCCCUUGGAGUGAGCUGAAAAUUCAAUAUUCUUCCUGCUCCUUAACAACAAUUCAAAUCACAAUCGGAUGUAGGGAACUGAAUGCUGGAAGCUAUAAUGGAGGAUCGACCACUCUGUGCUAUGGUUAUGAGAACCUUAGAGGGGUUGGUACAUAUUCUUGCAUGUAUAUUAGAACCAUUUAUACAAUCAUUUUCUCUUGAAGCAAUGAAUCUGACAGUAAAUUUCUAUGUGGUGUAGUAUGUCUUCCAUGUUGAGGUAUUUUUUACUUGCAUUUUGGCAUUGAAGGUAUUCAAGCAGAUCAAUUUGCCUCCUGAAGCAUGACUUUCACUUUCUGAUGAAAGUGAAGAUGUUGAUAGGGCAAAGCGACCAGAAGGUAUAAUGUGAUAGAAUUGAGCGAGAAGAGGCUAAAGCAGAGAAUUAGCAGCACAACUGAACAAAAAUUUCAGGUUAUAAUUUUAACCUUCCUCCCCCUAUGUCUUUUGUUUUAGCCAGUUAAGCGGUUGAGAAAUAAUGGUUGAUGUGGUUUACAAUAAUUGAAACGCCAUACAUAGCAUAUUCAUCAGUUCCUUUAUUGAUCUUACUCUGUUCAGUUUCACCCUGUGCUAAUUUAAGACUUGGAUUCUGGUUGCUUUCACUUCACAUUUUGGUUGACAAAUUGCUUGUUAUUACAGAUUUACCUUGAUGCAGAAAUUGUGCUGAUAUCUAUUUGCCAUUUAGUUUGUGCACCCAUUAAGCCAACACCUUUUCUGAUUGUUCUUUUCAUACGGGGUACUUUAUUAACAUAUAAUCGUAGUUGUUUUGUUAAUAAAUCUAUAAAUUUGUGCAUUAACAUUUUAUUAGCUACUGUUUGAAGCAGGCAAUAAUGGAAAGAAGCAAAAGCCUACAAAAUCUGCAUUUAAAUCAAGGGAUUGGUUGGUUGAAGAUGUGUUCUUGUUUUUAUGUAACUUUACAAACAAGAAUAUCAAAAAUUCAAAACCAUUUUAUUUUUGUGAUUUGUUUGGUGGAGCUUUUGGAUUUCCAUGCGGUUGGACGGCACAACUAUUGUAUAUAACUAUGAGAAAUACAUAUAUCAACAUGGUCUAUAUGGAUAACUACCACAAAAAAGAAAAAAAAAAAAAAAAAAAAGGUCUAAAUCGAUACUAGUAGCUUGUCUUAUUAUGAAUUAUUUCGUG